CUCCGCGUCCCUUACAGCUCUUUCUCUCUCCUUUCCUUCUUCGUCCUGCAAAUCGUGAGAGCUUGCGUCGCUCAAAGCCCUCGGAGAACAGAAUAAAAAACAUGGCUGCCCCUGCUGCUGGUGACGUCGCCGUCAAAUCUGGGACCGUCAAGGAUGUCUCUCCUCACGAGUUCGUCAAGGCUUACGCCGCCCACCCCAAGCGAUCUGGCAAGAUUGAGCUGCCCCCAUGGAUCGAUAUUGUGAAGACUGGUAAACUGAAGGAGCUUGCCCCUUAUGAUCAUGACUGCCUCAAUGGCAAGGAAGGUCUAGCUGAGUGGGAGGCCUUGGUGUCGGUGCUUUUCGUAGGAUCUACGGAGGAAGCAAGAGGAAUGGAAGCCGUCCCCCUCAUUUCUGCAAGAGCAGCGGUGCUAUUGCUCGCCACAUUCUUCACCAGCUGCAGUUGAAUAACAUUGUUGAACUCGAACCCUCUGGUGGGACGAAGAUCACUUCGAAUGGCCAGAGGGAUCUCGACCAAGUCGCUGGGCGGAUUAUGGUUGCCCAUUGAAUGCUUUGAGCUGGAUAAGUAAAUCAGAUGUAGCGAUUUCUGUGAACUGAAAUUUUGGUUUGUGGAAAUAGAGGGUUUUCUGGGGGAGAACAACGUUUCAAGGUAGGGUUUGUGAGAUCAAAUAGGACUAGUGUUUCGAUUUUGGUGGGUUUCUCAUAGAGGUAACUUCGAAAAACUCAAAAAGAAAUAGCCAUAUAGGAUCUAGGGGAGUUUUAUCCUUCGGAUCUGAAUCGCUGAAGUAUAUAUAUGAACCCUGGAUGAGUUGGCUAGAGACUUUUUCACUAGUUACAUGCUUCAGAUUCGAGGUUUCGCAAGUGUGUGAGCCCUUUCACCCGUGUCGGGGGACUUAAAUGGAGCAUGAAAUCAUGAGCUCCCCAGCGUGCUUGUUGAAGAGUGAGCCCUUAAUUGUCUCAUAAGCAAGGCUUGGUGAACAAAACCCUCCUGGAGCUCUCAAGUUAUGGGAGAAGCUCGGACCACUUUCCUGAUGAAAAAUGACUUUGUGGCUCGGUUAAGGGAACGCCAAUAGUAUCAUAGCAAAUUUGAGUCUAUAUAAGGCAAUUGUCACUCCUUAAAGAAGAC